CCCAGCCACCCAUGAGCCAUUACAAUAGUCAGAACUUGUUAGACACAAAAAUCUUGUUAAAAUGGUAAAUAGGACAUUGCAUUAUAGAAAACGUAAUAUACCUAAUAUGUUCAAUAAUUAAAUAUAAGCGAUAACAUUAUCUGACAUUACAUGCCAAACAUUCAGUGAGAUGACUUUGCUUUAUAAAUGUUUUCUGCUACCCAUAUGUUGGCAACCAAAUGUACGUCACAAACUUAUCAACCAAUCAGCGUGCAAGAUUUACAAUUGAGGCCAGUUGAUCUUGACGACCAGGUGACACUGUUUGCCAGAAACGUCAUUCAGUGCGAUAAUCCUGUUAUUCCAUUGCAGAUUUAGUGUAGUAUUUCGGAUAAAUCACUAGACAAACAAAAUGGUUUAUCAGUACACGAAGCCAAGGGGUCCUAUAGCGGCCAUGUACAGUAGCCCUGGGCCUUGUUAUGGACUCCCAGGACUUGUGGGUCAGAAAACACAUGACCCUAGAAGUGUUCACCCCAAAAACCCAGCAUAUGCCUUUGGAAUUCGUCAUGGUAAAUUCAGGGAUGAUUGUUCCCCAGGCCCUUGUUACUUCCCUGACCCAAAAAUCUAUAGAGACGGUCAAGAUGGCAUUCCACAUUAUUCUUUAUAUAGUAGACAAAAGGACCCCACAAAUUUCCGACCCCCAGGCCCAGGGGCUUACUCCCCAGAGGCAUCAGGUGCCUCUGCCUACAAGCAUCAUCCAGCUUACAGUUUCGGCACUCGUCAUCGACAUAGGAAAUCAGACAACACCCCAGCUGCCAAUAGUUACACACUCCCACAAAUGCUAGGCACAACUAAACAGAGUGGCAAACGACAAGCCCCAUGCUAUUCUCUCACAGGCAGAAGUAAAACUGGUUCAUUCCAUGAAGAUCUACAGAGCACCCCAGGCCCUGGGACAUACAUGACUACCACACCAGGGGUAUACAAAGACAAGGCACCUUUAUACAGCAUGACCUCAAGAAACCCCAUGCCAGGGGAUAGCACACAAAAACCAGGUCCAGGAGCUCAUUCACCAGAAAAGGUCUGGGCACACAAAAAUGAGAAACCGCACUUCUCCUUUGGUA